AUCACGGAUAUCCAUUCGGUCGGUGCGAGACGGUUUAAAUAACCGGAACUAGGCGGUCGUCGACGGACCCCACUCGGGGGAAAAAGAGGAGCCUCCAAGGGCGAAACGAUUUUUCGGAGCAUUUUCCCCGAGGAAGGAAAAGAGGAAGAAACACACGUCUCGUUGAUAUAAAAUCAUCAUCAUCAUCAUCAUCAACAACAAUCAUCAUCAUCAUCAUCAUCAUCAUCAUCGUCAUCAUCAUCGUCACAUAACACGUAACAAAAUCCCGCAAGAGUCCACCGUCAUCUGACAGCUACGCGUACGUACCUGUUGUGCGGCGAACUCCAGACGUAGAGGCUCGCCACGUAGACGAUCGAGAGCCCGAGGCACGCGAGGAUCGCGGAGACACAGUUGUGCGAGUUAUCGGUACUUUUCUCCGCCGCGGCCUCCAUAACUCCAUAACUCCGAUGUCGGUCGCCCGUGUCGCGCUCCACUGCGGAAGGGGAGCUCGGUAAGCGCCCCGUGGCGUCGGCGGCUGUCAUCCACGCAGGAAGGGGAAGAAGAGCGAGAGAGAGAGGCGAAUGAAGGGGACACGCACUCUCGCGGGGCAGAAACACGUCCGAUUGGCGGCUGCCCUCUGGGCCAGUCGGCGAGCAGAGAUCAAGAAGAUGGCCGCCGUGCACGGUGGUAGUGUCGCUAUUGUGUAGUGUGUCCUAAGCCUUUGGCCACCUUCUGCUGUCCGGGUGCGCGUACGCGGCGUAGCCGCCCGGGACUUCCUCGCGCGCGUCCCUCCGUAACCGGGAAGUCGCAGUCGGCCGAGGAGUAUCUCGGAGUAGGAGCGGCAGACAGCAGCGGCAGUAGCAGCAGCCAGCGAGAGGACGACGACGAGGAGGAGGUGGAGGCAGAGGGGGAGGGGGACAACGACGGCAACGGGGACGGACACGAGGACGACCGCCGAGGGCCGCCGACGACACGCGCAAGAUGCCAAGCGCGUCGUUCUCGUCGUCGCGCAGCUACGUGCGGAGAUCGCGUCGGAAAAACGCAAACAGGAUCCCUUUGCCGUCGAGAACCACGGCCGAGCCAUGCGACCUACCGUGUCCGACGUCCAAUCACAUCCUUCCGGGAGGUGGAGUUGGCGGUGGAGGAGGAGGAAGUGGUGGACGAGGCUCGUCCCCUAGUGUAUCCGGGGUAGCUGCACCUUCGCCGUCUCCACAGUCGCACUCGUCGCCGUACGACUUGAGACGCAAAAGUCCACCUCACCCGGAUCCAGCACCAGGCACGAGUUCCGCUUUACCUCCAUCGGGUGGAAGUAGCAUAGCCGCUACCUUCGGCUCGUCGUCUCUACCGGCGAGAAAACGACCGAGACGAACAUGUUCGCUUUCUACAGACGGUAUAAAUACAAACACGGCGGCGCAUUAUCUUCAAUACGAGCUACCGGAUGAAGUGCUGCUCACGAUAUUUAAUUAUCUCAUGGAGCAAGAUCUUUGCAGAGUCUCGCAAGUCUGCAAACGUUUCCAAGUGAUCGCGAACGACACGGAGCUAUGGAAGUCACUGUACCAGCAGGUUUACGAGUACGAUCUGCCGCUGUUUAAUCCAGCCCCGUGUAAAUUCGAAUUCGUGUCGCCGGACGAGUCCGAGUACCAGAAUCCGUGGAAGGAGAGUUUCAGGCAGCUAUACAGAGGCGUGCACGUGCGACCAGGCUUCCAGGACUUGAAAUUCAAGGGCCGUAAUCUGCCGUAUUUCAAUACGGUCCAGGGCGCGCUGGACUACGUGGACGAGUACAGGAGUAACAGCGGCGCCACGACGAACGGCGGAAGCGCGACCGCGAGUGGACAAGGCUGUUGCAAUAGCAAUUCGCAAACGAGCGGGGAGGAUACCUCGACGCAGCACUUAGUAUUUCUACACGCAGGCACGUACAGGGGCGAGUUCCUCGUGAUCGACAGCGAUGUGGCGCUGAUCGGCGCCGCGCCAGGAAACGUCGCGGAAUCCGUUAUCCUGGAGCGGGAGAGCGAGUCGACGGUUAUGUUUGUGGAAGGUGCAAAGCGCGCUUACGCCGGGCAUCUCACGUUGAAGUUUACGCCCGAUGUCACGAGCACAGUGCCCCAUCAUAAACACUAUUGUCUGGAGAUUGGCGAAAAUUGCAGUCCCACCGUCGAUCAUUGCAUUAUCAGAAGCUCCAGUGUUGUUGGUGCCGCGGUCUGCGUAUCGGGCGUGGGUGCCAAUCCAUUAGUGAAAAACUGCGAUAUCUCGGAUUGCGAAAACGUUGGUCUUUACGUAACCGAUUACGCACAAGGCACAUACGAGGACAACGAGAUCUCGCGGAACGCCCUGGCUGGCAUCUGGGUGAAAAACUACGCGAAUCCUAUCAUGCGACGGAAUCAUAUCCAUCACGGUCGCGACGUAGGGAUAUUUACGUUUGACAAUGGCCUGGGUUAUUUCGAGGCUAACGAUAUUCAUAAUAAUCGGAUAGCGGGCUUCGAAGUAAAGGCUGGCGCGAAUCCGACAGUAGUUCAUUGCGAGAUUCAUCACGGCCAGACCGGUGGCAUCUAUGUGCAUGAAAACGGCCUGGGACAGUUCAUCGAUAACAAAAUUCACUCGAACAACUUUGCCGGUGUGUGGAUCACGUCGAACUCGAAUCCGACUAUACGUCGAAACGAAAUAUACAACGGCCAUCAGGGCGGAGUGUACAUAUUCGGCGAAGGUAGAGGUCUGAUCGAGCACAACAACAUCUACGGCAAUGCGCUGGCCGGCAUACAGAUCAGAACAAACUCGGAUCCGAUCGUUCGACAUAACAAGAUUCAUCACGGUCAACACGGUGGUAUUUACGUGCACGAAAAAGGCCAAGGUCUAAUAGAGGAGAAUGAGGUCUACGCCAACACCCUGGCAGGGGUGUGGAUCACGACGGGUUCGACGCCAGUUUUAAGGAGAAAUCGAAUUCACAGUGGAAAACAGGUCGGCGUGUAUUUUUACGACAAUGGCCACGGUAGAUUGGAGGACAAUGAUAUUUUCAAUCAUUUGUAUUCGGGAGUACAAAUAAGGACUGGGAGUAAUCCGGUAAUACGUGGCAACAAGAUAUGGGGCGGUCAGAACGGCGGUGUUCUUGUAUAUAAUAGCGGCUUAGGCUUACUUGAACAAAAUGAGAUUUUUGACAACGCAAUGGCCGGUGUCUGGAUAAAGACAGACAGCAAUCCGACUCUUAAGAGGAACAAAAUAUAUGACGGACGAGAUGGCGGAAUCUGUAUAUUUAAUGGCGGCAAAGGUGUGUUGGAAGAAAACGACAUAUUUCGCAAUGCGCAAGCGGGCGUGCUCAUUUCAACGCAAUCGCAGCCGAUCUUGAGGAGAAAUCGGAUUUUCGAUGGCUUCGCAGCCGGCGUUGAAAUAACCAACAACGCCACCGCCACGUUGGAAUUCAAUCAAAUAUUCAAUAAUCGAUUCGGCGGUCUGUGCCUAGCGAGUGGGGUGCAACCGACAACUAGAGGCAAUAAAAUCUUUAAAAACCAAGACCAGGUAGAAAAAGCUGUGGAAGGUGGCCAAUGUUUGUACAAAAUCUCAUCGUACACUUCUUUCCCCAUGCACGACUUCUAUCGCUGUCAAACUUGCAACACGACAGAUCGCAACGCGAUAUGCGUUAAUUGUAUAAAAACUUGUCAUGCCGGUCACGAUGUGGAAUUCAUCAGACAUGACCGAUUCUUUUGUGAUUGCGGUGCCGGAACGUUGAGCAAUCAGUGCCAGCUGCAGGGUGAGCCUACGCAAGAUACGGAUACGUUAUACGAUAGCGCGGCGCCCAUGGAAUCGCAUACACUUAUGGUCAACUAGGAACUAACCUAAAAUAAUUAAACAAUCAAACAAUUGUUAGAGCCGUAAGUCCAAUAAUAUCGCGAGCAGAUGCAGUAAUCUGCUGCCGAGUUCUUUAUUAUAAUAUAUUAUCUUUCCUUUAAUCUCUUCGUAUAUACAUGCCAUCAUAUACAUAUAAUUGUUAUACUCUCAAAGAUUCCUAUUUAUUGCAAAGAUAUUUUGUUAUUGUUAAUACGUCAUGUUACGCAAUAUUCUCUGACGAUAUCAUAAUACUUUGUUUUUAUUUUUCAUCAUAGAGAUCAUCAUUUCUAUCUUUUGUAUUGUCAUUUGUUAUACUUUUCCUUCUCUCUUUUAUCUUUUAUAAGAUUUCAAAAAAAUAUUUAUUCGUUCUCUCAUUUAUAUUCUAUCUUGAUAAAUAAUUAACAAUAAUAUUUCUCAUGUAAUAAUUACUAUUUUGAAUCUGUUAUUUCUCUUUUGAUCAAACCUUGUCAAAAAUGUUUGACAAGAAAAACUUUUUUCCAAUUUUAAUAAAGAACUCGGCAAUCGAGUGUCGCCAAGAAACGGUAGUAAUAAAAUAACAAAAACCCUCAUAUGUGUAAGACACAGUAUAAUAUUAGAUAUAUCAAAUUAUAAUUUGAAUGUGUAAACAAGGGGAACGCUAGGCUAAUCGUAAAUCGAACUUUUCACGUGGUCCUUUUUAUCGAGGUUCUGCAAUCCUUGAAAUUAUCAUAUAACGAGAAUGCAGUGCCGAAGCAUUAAAAAAAUGAAGGAGAGAAGGAAAAGAAGCAUGUGUAUACGCCAUAAUAAGAACAUUUUGACGCUUCGUUAAUAUAUGCUCUAAUGAACUUGCUUAAAACUCUAAUGAAAGUCGCGCUAACACGUAAAAAAAAUAAAACGAAUGUAAAUUCACACGGUGUGAAACAGUGUAUUCGGAAUGUAAAUUGUGUAUAUCGAAGCAGUGGUGUUGAAUAAUGUUGAGAAUAGGUAAUAUACAAUUGUAUUACCAUAUAUUCUCGCGAGCGGAGAAACAUCAAUGAAACACAACACAAUAAAAAAGACGUAAAGUAUAUAAAUAAGAUUUGCACUCGACAGUUAAUAUAAAACAAGAGACUCUUAGAAUUAUACCAGUGUAUAAAAGAAACGUAAAAGCAAUGCGUGUUGAAUACGCUUGUCGGAAUCUUAAAAGCUAAAAAUUUAAACUUGAAUCAUCGCAACACAAGGAGAAGAGAGAGGAAGGACCGUAUAAACCAACGCGUCACGCGAUCGUUAACAUGCUGACAAUUGGACGAAUUUGUCGAAUAUUAUGCUGUACAAAUCUCGAAGAGGUAAAACGAAGAGUAGAGGAAAGAGGCGAACAUGAAGCGGGGGCAAAAAGAAAAAAGAAACCAACAAGACGAAGAUCUGCAAGACACACGGAAACACAAUGUCUAAAAUAUGUGAUAUCUAAAACUCACAACAGGUGGAAUAUAAUCAAAAGGAAAAUGAACGUUCUGCUAAUUUUUCGAUGUAAACAUACCUCGAUUUAAUUAUUCGCAGUGAUAAAUUAUAUGCGAUGGUCCUAAGUUGCUCCCCCCCAUCCCCUACGGGCAAAGUGCAUAAUAAAGACGAAAUAAAUGUUCAAAAUUAAAUUAAAAUCACGAAUAAAAAAAGUGUGUACGUACACGGGAAUGUACGGCGAUGUGUGUAUACCAGUGAGAAAAGCGAAAACGAUGAAGAAAUUGAGCGUUAGGAAAAAAAAUGUACUGUCCGAGGAACAGUUUAAAAAAAUAAUCUCGAAUUUUUCAGAGUAAUAUCCGAUUUUUUUAAUUAUUACGUUAGUGCGUAAAAGAAAUCUAAUCGUAUUAUUGUAACUGUAAAAUUUCAUCGGGAGUGGUCGCGUGCGCUCUCGUGCGAAAGAAAAAGAAAAGAGGAAGCGCCUAUAUUAGCGAUAUAAUUUUAGACCGAAAAUCAGCUUUAUUUACGCAUACACGUGGUAUACAUUUUUAGAUAAAUAGAGAAGAGAAGAGUGAACUCUAUCCUCCGAUAGAGGCAUUAUCAUUAUCGUGAAUUCUGUUUACACGUUUAAAACAAUGUGUAAUUCGUUAUAUUAUACACGCGUAUACAUGGUAUCUUUUGUAUGUCGUCUACAGCGAGAGGCGGCGCGUGAAAAUUGCCUUUGAGCUUGCCGACCCGGAAGAGGGUAGUAUUAUUUACGGUGUCAUAUUAUAUGUAUGUUAUAUCGUGACGGAAGAGCUUGUAUAUAUCCAACGACUAGACGCGCUGAAUGAAAGAAGGAUAUAGGCACUUUUCACGCGCUCGCCACACUAGACCUAAAAAGCGAAAAUAAAAAAAAUGAAAACGCGUAUCGCGAAUCUUUCGGUUCUUGAGUGAUAUAACGUACGGUCUGUUGUUUUGUUUAUGUAUUGUGCAUUUUUGACGAACUUCGUGGAUCCUUUCUUGUCUGUGACGCUCGAAGCGGAGGAACUGCAGAAGAAUGUGGCGAUGCGACGGGAAAUAAUAUACAAUAUUAUAUUAUAUAUAUAUAUAUAUUUAAUAUAAAUACAUAUUGCAUUUAUUGUGCACUAAAUGCGCUCUCGAGUGAUUUCUGUUUUUUUUUCUUUUUUUCGUGUUAAAGUUAUCGAUCGGAGUUACGCCGCUCUCUAAAAAUUUGGACGUGAUUGGUUGUGAAAAUUUAUUUCUCAGAUCAUUGUAUAAAUUAUCGAUUGAAUUUGAACGCUGGAUGUUCUGUGUUAUCCUUGAACCGAAUCAUUUUAUUAUGUGUACGUGAUAUGUUGCAGAAUUAUAUGUAUAUGUAAAUA